CUAAAGUACAGCCAAGAUGUAUUCAUAUGUCAAAAGUAUUGUGGUAUUGAGGAGUUCUUUCCUCCUGGAGUGUUACAGAAUAAACAACCAUUACCAGAGCAGGUCGAAUCUGGGAGACGUUGGAGAGCUGCUGAGCUGAGACAGAAAAGCAAUGAAGACUUGCAUAAACUUUGGUAUGUUUUGUUAAAAGAACGAAACAUGCUAUUAACAGUUCAAGAGGAAGCAAAAAGAUUGCAGGUUGUUAUGCCAUCGCCAGAGCGAUUGCAUAAGGUUAAGAAAUCAAUGGCAAUGAUUAAACUGGUUGUUGAUGAACGAAAACAUGCGAUUGAAGCUAUAGAAGCCAAUUAUAACAAGAAAGACUUGUACACAGGGUAUGAUACUGAUGAAUACACAUUGAAGUAGAAAGCCACCAACCAGUGCUGUCCUUACAACAUUUUAAUCUAAAGGAAAGGUGCCAGAAUUCAUGCAUUCAGCUCUGCCAGACUGAGAAGUGAAUUUGCUUACAAAUGAAAUCAAUUGAGCACAACUGAAUACAUGAAUAUUCACCCACAACGACCCUCCAGUCUUCACCCCAUCCUAAUCAACGCUCUAGUGACGAGCCUCUCACCAAUCAAAUAUACGUGAAAUAAAAAUAUUAACUACACGUGUUCAUAUUCAAUACGUACUACCAAAUAUUUUUUUUGUUUUCAUAAUGACCGAUAAACGUGUUUAGUUAAAUGAUUUCACGGGUUACAAGUGAACAGCCUCAUUUUUUCAUUAAGUAUUUAUGAUAUUUAUUGCUAAAUUUUAAAUGGCUUUGAAUUCGUGAAUUUUUAACUGAAAAUUGUGUCUACUUUCAGUAAACUUUGCAAUUUAUUGUUAUUUAUUAUUGUUUUAUAAGUGAUUAAACUAUAUUGAUUUAA